AUGCCGAGUCCUACAAAAGAGUCGACGAUACCGUCGCUGCCCCCGGCCCUGAUGACCACCACGCUGCAACCACCGCCUUCGCCAAACACCCAUAGGCUUCGCAAACUGCAGUCUGCUCAUAAUCUGGGCGCCAAGGCCUCCAUGAUGGGCACCCCAUCUCUCAUCUCUCAGCAGCGACUCCAGCAGCAACAGCAGCACCAUUCUCAGCACCACCCGCUCCAACGCUCCGGAUCACCGGUGCGCCGAAACGUCAGCGCCUCGAACCGUUCUCCCCAGCGCGGCCGCGCCAACAGCGAUGCCGCUAUGGCCAAUCCCUUCAACAGCAUGAUGACGCCGGCAAGGCGCAAUCUCCUCAGUACCCGCAACCACCUGGCGGACGCCAUGUCGCUUGAGCGGCUGAUCCGCGAUGGCCCUGUCGACGGCGAUGUGACCGGUUCGUUGGAGAGUGCAAGGCUCAAGAUUUUAAACCAGGGCAUUAAGAGCGACGCCGAUGGCAUGUCUUCACUCCGGAUCUACGUCUGGCUUAUCCUCCUCGAUUCCCCGAUCCUGGACACCGAUUCCUACUUGUCCCUGAUCCACCGCGGUGCAUCUCCGGCGUACUCCAAGAUCCGCAAUGACACCUUCCGCACUCUCACCACGGACCCGCUAUUUCGGCGACGAGUGAGUGAGGCAAGCUUGAUCCGUCUGCUCAACGCUAUCGCAUGGAAGUUGCACGAUGCUCGUGAGGAUCGGCUCGGCAAGCCACAGGGCGGUGGCAGACCCUCCCUAGCGCAGAUAGAAGAGAGGCCGUCAACAAGCAGCGGCGCCGUCAGCACCGACUCGCCUUCGCAAACCUCUUCGCCAGCCGUCAGACAACGUGCGCGAGCACUUACUCUGACCACCGAGGGCUCCGAGAGCAGUGGUGUCUCCGAACCCGGAACCUACGUACAGGGAAUGAACGUUCUAGCGGCGCCCUUUCUCUACGCCGCACGAAGCGAGGCGGAAGCUUUCAUAGCGUUCUACCAGUUCCUAACAAAGGAGUGUCCAGGCUACAUUAGAGGUGCGAUGGACGGCGUGCACAAGGGACUGGCCUUGGUGGACAAGGUCCUCGCCAUCGUCGAUCCCAAGCUCAGCUCUUACCUCCUCACCAAGAACCUCUCUGCAGAGAUCUACGCCUUUCCUUCCGUCCUGACUCUGUGCGCCUGCACGCCACCACUUCCAGAGGUUUUGAGACUUUGGGACUUCUUGUUCGCGUUCGGUCCUCACCUCAACAUCUUGUGCAUCGUCGCGCAGCUGAUGCUGAUCCGCAACGAGAUUCUCACAAGUCCGAGUCCUAAUAAGCUUCUGCGAUCUUUCCCUGCCCUCCAAGCCGAUCAGAUCAAGAAUCUCGCAGUCAACAUUCUCAGAAAGAUCCCCGAUGACGUCUAUGCUGAGAUCAUCAGUCACGCCAAGUGA